ACUUUUUCUAGCUUUGCAUUAAAUGGGUGGGUGUUUACGUCAUAAUUUUUCUCGUACUUUAAAGCAAAGUUCUAUAUUUAGACGCGGGUAUAAAUAGAAUUAUCAACUAAUGUUCGUCACAAAUGUAAUUCGACGUCUUGGUAGACACUUCAGAUGAAGCCAGCAUGAGUAAUAGUGUUUUUGACUUGGUAUAAACGGUAAGAAACAUCGUCUGGGAUACAGUUCCUCCGGUCUUCAUUUCAUCCUCUGGGUUGAUCUCAACCCCCUCCCUCCGACUCAAUGAUGUCUGGGGAGACGAAGACUGUGAUCAAGGGAAACUCCUCCAAGUAUGUGAAGCUAAACGUAGGGGGUACCCUCCACUACACCACCAUUGGAACCCUUACCAAGCAGGACACCAUGCUCAGAGCCAUGUUCAGUGGCAGGAUGGAAGUCCUCACAGAUUCAGAAGGAUGGAUACUUAUAGAUCGCAGCGGUAAAUACUUUGGACAGGUGCUGAAUUUUCUGCGGGAUGGUACCAUUCCUCUGCCGGAGACACGACGAGAGCUAAUGGAGCUCCUGGCAGAGGCCAAGUAUUACCUGGUUCAAGACCUGGUGGUGCUAGUAGAGGCUGCAGUAAAGAACAUGGAUCACACUGUGGAGCUUGUGUGUAAGGUCCCACUCAUCACCUCACACAAGGAGGAGCAGCUACUGCUCACCACCUCCACUAAGCCUGUUGUGAAGCUAAUUUGUAACAGACAUAAUAACAAGUAUUCAUACACAAGCAACUCCGACGAUAAUUUAUUGAAGAAUCUGGAACUGUUUGAUAAACUGUCUUUACGCUUCAACCGUCGAGUGUUAUUUGUGAAAGAUGUGAUAGGGAGUAAUGAGAUUUGCUGCUGGUCUUUUUACGGCCACGGAUCCAAGAUAGCCGAGGUCUGCUGUACAUCCAUUGUCUACGGCACGGACAAGAAACACACAAAGGUAGAGUUUCCUGAAGCCAGGAUAUUUGAAGAGACUCUGAAUGUGUUACUGUAUGAAAACCGCGAGUCCCGCCCAGACGAAGGCCUCAUGCAGGCCACCAGGGGCUACGCUGAUGUACACCAUAGUUACCAUAGCGACGAGGAGGUGGAGGAAAAACUGGAUCGCAAAGAUCGAAUGCGGCGGAAAUAAUUAUUUAUUGUGUAUGAAAUGCCCUGUUAGAUCAUUGUGAUAAUGUACGUGUGGACAGUAUGAUGAUAGAUGUACGGAUUUUCUGUAGAACCGAGGCCUGUCUCCCUAUACACACGUCAUAGACUCUUCCAUAUCAAUGGGGACAAUUCUAUAAUUGUAUCCAUUUGGGUCAGUUCAUGUAGAGCUUCAGGGGUUGAGGAAGGUUGAAUUUCUUUCACCUUUUCAAUCUCUGUGUUUUCACAGUGGACUGCUGAUGGGCUGUGAGCUUGCAUUGUAUGAUAGAUUAAUUGGAGACCUUUGAGUAUGAUGGACUAAUCCAAGACCAUUGAUAUGGUCUGGACUGGACCAUGUAGGAUUGGGCAUCACUGAUCCAACUCCUUCAUUCAGGGCUAGACAAUAAGGGUAGCCCGAUAGUCAAUGAAACAAGUGUUAUCUCCAGCUGGACUAGUGGUUCUAAAAAGUUAAAAGCACUGGUCCGUUUGACAACUUGGACAGUUGGCCAGUUUUGGAAUUUUUCCCCACCCCCAACUAAAAUUAAUAUGGUAGGAUAUCUGGUUAAAUAGCUCAUUGGUGACUGUAUUAGUGAUGCCCAACUACAGGUGUUAUGUCUGGGAGUCGGGUCGUGGUUCAAGCGUCUGUGAUUAUUGAGUAUUACAGCCGAGAAGAUGGACAGCAAGUUUAGGGGUGAAUAUUUAUAUAUUGUACAGACUCCUUGUGUAGCGUGUCCGAAAUAUGAUUAUGAUGUUUGUGUGUGAACAGUUCCUCCUGCGCUUUCUUGUACUUAUUUAGGCAAACAAAACAGAGAUCCAACUCUUAAAAGGCAAAAAACAAUAAUGAUGGUUCAGUCUUUGUCAAAUUGACCUUAUUCACCCCUGAAAUUUCAUAAUAAACUAUUCCAACCUUUGAAUUGGAAGAGUUCAAAUGUUUCUUCAGGGGUGAAUGAAUUAAAGAAAUGGAAUAGCAUGGAAUGUUCAACUGAAAAAUAUUCAUCAAGUAAAUUGGGACUUGCUUUUUAGAUAAUCAUGUCCCGCCUGCUUAUGCAGUUUCCUAAGCGUUCCAUCAAAACUCUAUCCUGCAAUCAUACCAAAUUAAUAUUAUGCAUCAGUAUUUUCAUUUUUAAAACUUUCUGAUAAUUUAAUAAUGUAUACUCUACAUGUGUUCUAUCGAAACGAAAACUCAUCUACCGUUAAAUGUGCAUGUGUUUCAUAUGCCCAAGUAGGAGGCACGGUAGUCUAGUGGUAGGACACUGGGCUUGUGACCGAAGGGUUGCGGGUUCGAGUCACGACACUAU